AUGUUACGGACGAAUUCAUGGAGGAACGACGGAAGAGUUCGAUUCGAUGAAAUCGAUCUGUUUCUCUUCGGUCCGAAAGGGGUCGGGAUCCGAUCGCUGAUGCACCGUUGGAUACCCAAUCAGCACAGCAGAACGCUCGUGCUCGACGGCCGUAGGAAGCGGGUCCGGAUCCUCGCGAUCCAAGACGAAUCCCAGCUCAAGCACAACAUAAACAUAUCGCGGAGUCGACCGCACGGGGUGCUGUUCGUGUUCGACGUAUCCUGUUCGGAAACUUUCUACUAUAUGAUUCCGCUCCUGGAGAAAGCUAAACCAAUAUUCAACAGUAAUACGAUACGUUAUCUUGUGGGCACCAAACGGGACCUGAGGCAAGACGAGCCCGGGAACGCUGACGAAGUUAUUCUGCACGAGGCAGUCAUGCUGGCCAUGCGCAACCUCAUGCGGUAUCGUGAAUCGUCCGCCGUAACCGGCGAGGGCGUCGAGGGAGCAUUCAUGUCCAUAAUCAAAGAUGUCCACAAACUAGGUCUUCGCCUGGAAACGCAGAGUUUGAUGGCGAACCUCGGAAGUUACAUGUCGCUCCCUCGCAAGGGGAACGAGACGUUCCAUUCUAUCCUCGAACACAGACCGUCGAUCGACAGCGACUCGUGGAGCGUCCUGAGCGACGUGGCCUCGAGUUCGGAGCCUGGCGAGCCCCGAGACCUGAAUGAUUCGGACACCCAUACCACCAGCGAUACAGAGUGGACGAGUUUAUGA